CUUCAUUCUUUCUGAGCAAUGGAAGAUGAGGUGAUUCUGUUGAAUUUCUGGCUUAGCCCUUAUGGGAUGAGGGUCCGGAUUGCGCUAGAGGAAAAGGGCAUCAAGUAUGAGAACAGAGAAGAGGACUUCAGCAACAAGAGCUCUUUACUCCUACAAAUGAACCCAAUUCAUAAGAAAAUACCAGUCCUCAUUCACAAUGGCAAACCCAUCUGUGAGUCACUCGUUACUAUUGAGUAUAUAGAUGAGGUUUGGAAUCACCAAUCUCCACUGUUGCCUUCUGAUCCUUACCAGAGAUCCCAAGCUAGAUUCUGGGCUAAUUACAUUGACACUAAGGUGAUUCAUUAUCAUGAAUUCGUGAUUAUGAAAACUGAAGAAGGGGAGGAGAAAGAAGCUGCUAAGAAAGAGUUGCUUGAGCAUCUUAAAUUGCUGGAAGAACAGCUGAGAGACAAACCCUUUUUUGGUGGAGACAACCUUGGUUUUGUGGAUGUGGCACUUGUUCCUUUGUUUUGUUGGUUAUAUACCAAUGCUUUAAGUGGAACUUUCAUCGACGAAAACCAGUAUCCCAAUAUCAUUGCUUGGGCCAAGAGGUGCACUGAUAAAGAGAGUGUGUCCAAGUCUUUUCCAGAUGAGAACACGAUCAAACGUUUUGCUGAAGAGAGACGUCUUUUACGUCAAGGAGAAUAGAGGCAGAAUGAUAGAAU